UCUGAUAGUCAUGGAGAAGGAAGUAACUUUUAUUUUUGCAAAAUUAUGACUGUCAAUAAUCCUGCACUAAGUGGAGGGAGAUGGACCAAAAGACUUAAGGUUUUGGACCAGAGUUUGGGAGUAAAUGGGAUGGCAGCGUCCCAAAAUACUUCUGUGACCAGACCUGUGACAACGGACAGAAUAAAAGGGGACUGUGCCAGUCCUGGGCCACUAGGAGAUACAGAGUCGAGCAGGACAGAACAGGACUCAGGGCAACAACUAGCCAUGUUGGGGUUCUUUCAGAUCUGUGAUGUGGAGGGCAAAGGCUUCAUCACUCGACAUGAUAUGCAGAGACUUCAUGGUCAGCUACCUCUUAGCCUGGAGGAGCUGGAGAAAGUUUUUGAUACUCUGGAUGCAGAUGGCAACGGUUCACUUACGCCAGAGGAGUUCACCACAGGAUUAAGUCAGUUUUUGUUUGGGCAGAUGGCCUCUAUGAAUGAAAUGCAUGAGUCUGACAAUGAAAAUGUCUAUCAGUCUAAGUGGGAAGACAGCUAUGCUAAAGCUGAUGAUGAUGAAGAUGAGGACCGGCAGUUCUCAGAUCUGAUGGACCGGCUUGGAACAAACAAGAUCUUAGAAGACGAGAGCAAUAUAAGACAACUUUGGUCGCAGCUGAGAAAAGAUGAACCGCGUUUACUUUCCAAUUUUGAAGAGUUCCUGGUCAGAGUUUUCUCCCAGCUCCAAGAAGCCGAUAAUGAAAAGAAUGAAUUGGAGUGUGCCCUGAAAAAGAAAAUUGCUGCUUAUGAUGAAGAAAUUCAACAUCUCUAUGAGGAAAUGGAGCAGCAAAUCAAAAAUGAGAAAGAACAGUUUCUCUUGAAGGAUACAGAGAGGUUUCAGUCCCGCAGUCAAGCGCUGGAACAUAAACUCGUUUCAAAAGAACAAGAGCUGGAACAACUGGUUCAAAAACAGAAAAGGCUGGAGGGUCAGUGUAAGGAACUCCACAAUGACAAACAGGAGACCAAAGUGGAGAACACCAAGCUGAAGCUAACAAACCAAGAGCUGCUGCAGGAACUGGAGCGAACGUCUCAGGAGUUAAUAGUCGCCCAGCAACAAUUACAGACGCUCCAGGAAGAGGCUUCAAAACUACAUGAAGAAAAAGAAAUGGAGGUAUACAGGGUGACAGAGACUUUAGAGCGAGAGAAGUCGGGACUCCUUAAGCAGCUGGAUUUCUUAAGAGAAAGGAACAAACUUCUCAGAGAUGAACGAGACAUGUUUUUACAGAAAAGUAAAACAAAUGCUCCAAAAGCCAACUGGAAAAAAAGAUCAGGAUCUAUCAUUGGCAAAUAUGUAGAGGGAAAGGCAUCACUUAAGAGCCAAUCCUCCGAAGAAGAUGAUGUUUUCAAUAACUUAACAAGGAGGAGGAAUUCUAUUGGUUUGAAUGGAUAUCUUUCUUCAGAAUCUGACCACAGUACUAAUGGGGGCAUGACUCAAACAAAACAACUGCAGAGAAUAAUCUCCAUUGAAGAAGAUCCCUUACCCCAGCUUCUUGAGAUGCCAGUUGAGAAGCAGUACAGCAAGUGGACAGAAGAAAAUGACAUCUCCCCAGAAAAGGAAAUGGAUGAGAAGCAAAUUGUGACAUCUUUAGACCACACACCAUUGUCUCUCAGAGAGCAACCAGUAGGGAAAGAAACACAAUCAAAUGAGGAGAGAAUAUACUCUGCCCCUGAUCGCUUAUUCAAGAUUGUUUUUGUGGGCAAUUCAAGUGUGGGAAAGACUUCGUUUUUAAGGCGAUUCUGUGAAGGCCAUUUUUCCCCAAACACAUCUGCUACCGUAGGUAUAGAUUACAGUGUGAAAACAGUGACAGUGGAUAACAGCCAGAUAGCCCUGCAACUCUGGGACACUGCUGGGCAGGAACGGUACCGCAGUAUUACCAAGCAGUUUUUCAGAAAAGCCGAUGGUGUCAUUGUGAUGUAUGAUAUAACAGCAAAAGACACAUUCACAUCUGUCAAACAAUGGUUGGUGAGCAUUGAGGAGGCAACUGGAGAGAAUAUACCUGUCCUUUUGCUGGGUAACAAAACGGACAAUGAAAAAGAACGAGAAGUCCCUCGUGGACUAGGAGAACAUCUAGCCAAG